GUAUGUGGCCCCACUCUGCUGCCAAUUGACACAUCGCCGCUGACAGAGAAGUGUGUUCCUGGAAAGUGUGUGGAUCUUGAUUUAAUGUGGGCUCUUGUCUGUGUGCGGUGCUAUCAGGACUGGUCAGAGUAGAGGAGGCUGGUGAAAGAGAUGCAGGGCGGGACGCACUUUUAACUGGACGUUUAAAAACGCUGCGAUCUCUCCCGUCCGGGUGUUAUGGAGCAGCCACCUGGGAGCCUAGAUGAUCUACAGCCUCAAGAGCUCUCCACCUCCAGCAUCGCCACCGUGAUCGACGUGACCAGGCGAGGGGAGGACUGUGUCCUCAACGGCUCGUCCCUCGAUGCCCUGCGGAUGGUCAAGAGCCCCGGCUGGUACCCGAAUUCAGGGACCAGCAACCCCGGAUUACCCUUCUCAGAGACCAGCUCGUCGGACCUCACGCUCCAAUCAGGGGAUCAGAUUCAGCCAGAUAACGCCUUCUCCCGCACUACAGUCACCCUGUCCUACGUGAGCAGGUCUCACGUCUUCUCAACUCACGACUCACUGUCUCAGCAUUCGCCUCGGUGCGGCGUGCCGCCCAUUAGCAAGUUGUCCCUAUACCCUCCCUGUGACUUAGACGAAGGGCUUGGGGAGACUGGCUAUGCACUCAACCAGCAUUAUGUGGAGCAGGUCGACAAGCCUGUUGAUCUGGCCACACAGACAGAACUGUUUGACUCAUUGUCUCCGUCUCAGGUGGGACCAGACAGCGAUGGGGGAACGUGUCUAAAGCAGGAGCCUCCUGAGGUCAAUGGUGGCGUCAUUUGCAUAGACGAGGACGAGCGUGUAGAACAACAAGAGGGACAAGGUGUGUCUCUGGAACACAGUAGGCGUUUGGAAAAUGGUCAGGCUGAUAGCUGGUCAAGUUCAGGAGUAUGUGCUGAAUCCUCGCCGGAAACACUCACCCCUGCUGCAGGGGAGGACGAGGAGACGGGGGGCCCCGAGGUGCUUUUUGUCAUGUCUAAGAAACCGGAUCUAGUGGUCUUCCCGGACGGUGUGGGCGCUAGAGACCUGUGUUCACUGAGUAGGGAGUACAUCAGUCCUCUGGAGGACCCUGUCUCGCCCUCUGCUACCUCACAGGACGAUGUGGAGGACGUGUUCGUCCUGCCUCAGGCCUCCAGCUCUCCCAGCGGCGACAAUGCUCAUCUAGAACCAACUGAUGAAGUUGCGUGGGAUGGCUUGAGCACAGAGACAGGCAUUCAGCCAACCUCUCGCAUUCGCGAUGGCAUCACAAGGUUAGAUUCAGGCAUCGAAAAUAAUCAUCCUGGCCAUAGACGGAAGGCAGCGUUGGAGCCUUUGAUUGACUUAACAGAUGAUGUUUGUGUGUCAGAUGUUUUGGAAAACAAACCCGAGACCGUCUUUCCUCACAUGAACGGGAAUGUCAAGGCACAACAGAGAACUUUAAAAGAGAAGAAACUGCCAGUGCGUUCUGGCAGAGGGACACGUUUAGAAGCGAUAGUCAUGAACAUAAACUCAAGCAGGUAUAAAGUGUCAGGACGCAUACGCACCAGUAGGAAAGGAAAUGCUUCCCAGUCGACAGCUAGUGGUUCGAAGUUGGGCAGCGCUCAGAGGAACGACACCCUGCCCGCAAGGAAAAGGACAAGCAAAGCGAAAGCAACUUUCUCAGUGAAAACAAAGAAACAAAAAGCAGUAGUUCAAUCAAAGAGGGGUAAAACUAAGAACAUGAACACUGGCAGUUGCAAAGAUUCUACCUCUGAUUCUCAAAUCAAUCAUACUAAAAAGUCGCAUCACAGCACACCUCCAAAAAGCCCUCAGUUUGCUGUGCACAAAAACUCGAAGAAGGAGCCGGGCCCGCGUUCUGACCCUGACCCCUCAGUGGAAAUCCAUGUGGAACGAUUGUCCCCCCAGCCACCACCACCUCCUCCACCACCACCACCACCACCAAAGUCUCCAAAGCAAAGCCAAGGCGCAGCCAAAGGCAAGGCUAGGUGUAGCAAAACAUCCCCCACUGCCAAAACGAAGGGGCCUCGUACUCCCAAGAGCAGGCGAAAGAAAAACACACAGAGCAGGUCUUCCUCCAUAUUCUCCCCCAGGGAGCCGGAGAUCAAGCUGAGGUACGUCAACUACAAGGAGGAGAAAAGAGACUUGCGGUUGGACAGCUUCUCCCCGUACGUUCGCGUGAAGCGUCAGCAGUCAUCGUCAUCACUGUGUACUGUAAUCAACUACCCCGAGGAGGGGAGGACACAACACAAGAAGGGCCAGCAGGCUCACACAAGUGGCUUUAUUUCUGCAGUCAUACCCAGCACUUCCUGUCUCCAGCUGGGCCGGGUGUCCACACACAGCCAGCACCAGCGCUCUCUGGUAUGCUGCCUCUGUGGACAGUCGGCCAACGCCAUGGACUUGGGGGACCUCCACGGCCCCUACUACCCGGAAGGGUUCCAGCCAAGCACCAAAACACCAGCCAGCAUGUUGGGCCUCAAAGAGGACGAAGACUGCAGCGAUUCAGACUCUUCGUCCUGCAGUAUCAGGGGCAGGGGGAGGAAGCGUGCCGUCCCGCUCACAGCUCGACCCCGGCGGUGGACCAAUGGCGGCACCAGCAGCCCCGCAGCUAAGCGGGCUCGGGCGGACCCCGGCUCUGCCGACGUGGAGGACUGGUACAGCCCCCCUGUACUGCCGCUGGAGCCCUGUGAAUACUGGCUCCACGAGGACUGCGCCAUCUGGUCCGCAGGCGUGUUCCUGGUAAAGGGCAAAGUCUACGGGUUGGAGGAGGCUGUCAAGGCGGCCCAGGAGACGAUGUGUUCAGCGUGCCGUGACCCAGGUGCCACACUGGGCUGCUUCUUCAAAAACUGUCCCAACAAGUACCACUACAGGUGUGCUCUGGAGUCAGACUGUGUGCUCAUUGAAGAAAAUUUCUCCAUGAAGUGUAAAAAGCACAAGAACAAGACAUUCAAAGCCCCCCCAGGGAGCCGGUGGGAUGACAGGUGACAGUUAGCAGAGACCUCAUGAGAUACUCACCUGCAACAAUCCAGUCUGCUGGCAACCAUGGCGACCGCGGACCAGGGUUCUUCUGACUGACAGCUCGCACCGUAAACCUUAACUUCACCCUCUGCUCUUCAGCUGCACUGCUCAGCCCGAGCCUGGCUCAGUGCACACCGGGGAAACCUUCUCAGCUUCACACAGAGUAACAUGAUGGAUUUGUCACUUGUGUUAUCAAUUUGUAGUUAUUUAUAUGGAAUUUGUUUUCCUGGAUUGAAUAUGAAUAACAAUCAAAGAUAUUUAAUUUUUUUUUUUAAAGAUUUUGUGAGUAUUUGAUUAUAUUUGGUUUAUUUAUUCCUGGAGGUUUUCUUAUCAGCUUGUUUAGCAGUUGUCAAAGAGGUUUGAUUGUGUGUUUUUUUUUAAGUUAUAGCUUAAAUUCAAUGUUCAAAUGGCAAGCCAGUGAAGGAGACGCUGGUUUGGAUAACAUACAGGACAGAGAAAGGGCUGAACGUCUGAGAUAUGACAAGGUACCUGAUUGGAUCAGAACACAUGGCAUUAAGUUUUGUUUGACAGAGUGGUGCAAAAACACCCAAACGACACUUGCACUGAAUGUUGGGCCCAGUCGAUGAUAAUGAGGGGACUGAGUGGUGUGUGUUUGAAUGUAUUCUCCCUAUGUCAGGAGUUUUUGCAGGAAGUACUUUUGGAGCGGCACUCGACACGUAAUAGACCUCUGCUCCGGCUGCAGUAUUACCCUCUUCAGCUCACUGCCCCGCCCCUUUCCCGUCGUAUCGCUCGCCUCAGGCUGUGGCUCUCUGGGGGUCCCAGGUCGUCCUCUGAGUUUCAGAGACACAUCUGGCCAUCAGGAUGAGACCGUGUCAUUUAACUUAAAGCACUUUGGCCUCCCACUUCAGGCUGGGAGAAAUGACAUGUGCCCAUGUAGUGUUCAUCUACACAGCCCUUUAAAGGAACAGUUCACCCUAAAAGUAAAAUUCAGUCAUCAUCUCUUCCCCACACACCAACCCAGCUGAAGUGUCGUAGUCCGCAAAACAUUUCUGGAGCUUCCCAGCGGAACAGCGUUGCAGCAUUCUCCUAAACAACUGACGUGGCUGGAGACUUGAUUUAAAAUGGAUAAAAAAAACUACCCAAAAGACAACAAACUGCUCCACACAGCUUGUCCAGAAGCCCCGAGAUCCCAAAUAGAUGUGAGAAAAGACGUUUUUUACAGAUGUGGUUGAGCUGCACCCACUUUAGACUCAGUUUUCUCUCACUUUGAGUUCAGCAGCUACAGUGAAGAUUUACCUAAAAAAAAAGGGGGGGCUAGGGGUGUAAAAACACCUUUUCAAAUCGGUGACAAUGCAGCAUCGCUGUUUCACUGUCAAGCUCCAAAAAUGUGUCUUGGAUUGUGAAACUUCACCUGACUUUCCAUCAGCAUGGGGUGAGGAGAUGAUGACUGAAUAACAAUUUUUGGGUGAACUUGAAUAAGCUGUAAAGGGAAAAGGAUUCCUUUCAAUGCAAAAUUCAUCUGCUGUUUACUUUGACCUCUCUGUCGGAGCUGCAAUUGUUUUUCUUUACAGCGUCAUUUGAAGAGUUGUUCUGUUGUGAGUGAACCUCAGCUGCUUCAGCGGUGUCACUGAAGUUUAAGAAGGAUGUAUGUUUGCAGAAUCUAUGGUUUACAUUUAUCCUUAUUUUAACAGGCCAUGCUAGUACUAAGUUUCUUUUUGGUUUUGUCUCUUGACUUGGGCCUAAAUGGUGAGUUUCCACCAGAACCUUUGUAAAAAAAAAAAAAAAAAGAAAAAAAAAAAGCCUUAUCUGACAUACAAGGGGUAUAUACAGUUUUUCCUAUUCUCACUAGCUUGUGGUGCAACGACAAAUCAGUGGAUGUACGUCACCCUCCUUUGGACAUCCUGAUGACUGAAGGCAGCUUGCAUGCACUUUUCUGCUGCAGACUUUGUUGUAAUAAAAGCAGGGGCACAGGAGGCCGAGUCCUAAUGAAUCCUCGGGCACGCAGGUACGCACUGACUCUCUGGGACUUGUGUAAACCUUGUACUGAGAUUAGCUCCCAGUGUUAUUAGUAUCUGCCCAAUCUGGCGAUGAGGCUGCAGCCUGUCAGCCAGCUGUGUGUUUAUAGAGAGAAGUCUAUAUGUGAUCAGUGUUGGUGUUAUAUCCGUGUACUUUUGCUUAGCACCAUUAGGGGCAGCGCUGUGCUGUCUUUAGACCAGUGUGUGAGGUCCAUCAUGAAGCCAUGGCUCGACGUUAACGGACAAACACACACACACACACACUCUUCUUAUCCUGGAACACCACGUCUAUUUAAUUUGUGCCAUCCUGAUGUUUUGUGUUUUAAAUUUUUUGCAGUGAUUUCUGUUUGUUUUUUUUUUUUUGUCUUUUUUUGUUUUUUUUUAAAGAACAGGUGUGAGCCUGAAAUUUUCCCUGUAUUUUUUUUAUUUUUCUUUUUUUUCCAGCUACAGGUGGUUGUUUGCAUUGUACCAAAUACAGCUUUUGGAAUAUGUUUUUAUUCUUUCAAAACGUUUGGAUUUUAAAAACAAUAUUUUGUCCGUGUGUUAAUCUCAGGGCUGAAUUUCAGAUCUUCUAAUGAUUUGAAUUUUAUUUGUGGUUUCUCUCUUUGGUUCAUCGUGUUAACCCCCCCCCCCUCGACUGGAGCAAUGAUACAUGUAGCAGGAUGUGGUCGUCUCCUCAGAUGCAAAGCCUUCUGUCCUGGUACACACUACUCGUCACAUUCCGACACCUCCUCCGUGUGUCUGUCAGUGCUGUGCUGUUUUUAGGUUUAACAUGGGAUUAGGACUACCAACUCGUGUCACUUUUUUUCAUCAUCUUUUAUUUUAUGGCAACUUUUUGUACCAUUUUGGUCGCCUCUCAGAGCUUCAGAGCUCUUGUAACUGUCCAAAAUAAAUAUUUUUGUUCAACCA